CAACAGCUUCCCAACAACCGCGAGCAAGCACUCAAGCGGUUUGGCUCACUCCAACGCCAAUUCAAAAGAAAGCCAGAAAUGCAACAGCAAUACGUGGAAUUUAUGGGUAAACUGCUGAAAAACAACCAUGCUGAGGUGGCACCAGAGCUAAGAGAAGAAGAGUGCUGGUAUUUACCAAGCUUUGCCGUGUAUCACCCACAGAAACCCGAUCAAAUCAGGGUAGUGUUUGAUUCAAGUGCCCAACAGUCUGGGAUCUCCUUGAAUAACGUGCUCUUGACUGGACCGGAUCUGAACAACACCCUUCUAGGAGUGCUCAUGCGGUUCCGAAAGGACAAGGUCGCUGUGAUGGCAGACAUUCAACAAAUGUUUUACUGCUUCCUUGUGGACGAAAAGCACAGAAACUACCUGCGAUUCUUAUGGUUCAAGGACAACAACGUAGCCAACGAGGUCAUUGACUACAGAAUGAAAGUUCAUGUUUUCGGGAACAGCCCAUCUCCUGCAGUGUCGAUCUAUGGGCUCAGAAGAGCCAUCAGAGAUGGCGCAGAAAAAUAUGGAACAGACACAGUCAACUUCGUCGAACGGCACUUUUAUGUUGAUGACGGCCUCUGUUCUGUCCCAACUGAUGCAGAGGCUAUUGGGCUGCUUCAUAGGACUCAAGCCUCACUUGCUGAGUCUAACUUGAGGCUCCACAAAUUUGUCUCAAACAGUCAGGCUGUCUUGGAAGCCUUCCCAAGUGAGGACUGCGUACAAGCCAAAAGGGAUGUAGACCUCAGUGGAGAUGAGUCACCCACCCAACGCAGCUUGGGGCUCCUGUGGGAAAUAGCAAGUGACACAUUCACCUUCUCUGUGUCAACCGACACCAAACCAUUCACCCGUCGAGGGGUUCUUUCAAUGGUGAACAGUGUCUUCGACCCUUUAGGGUUUCUGGCUCCAGUUACGAUCCAAGGCAGGGGCCUUCUCAGAGAGUUGAAUUCUGAGACAUCGGAGUGGGACACCCCAUUGCCUGAAGAUAAGUUAGGCAAGUGGGAAGCUUGGAGAAACUCGCUUCAAGACUUGAGGCACUUUCAUAUACCUAGGAUGUACACAGGCAUCUGCCCAGCCAAGGCUGAGCGAGUAGAACUCCACGUCUUUAGCGAUGCAUCUGUGAAGGCCAUUGGUGCCGUAGCCUACCUGAAAGCCAUCCAAGAAGACACAGUAGACGUGGGAUUUGUCAUGGCAAAAGCCAAACUUGCCCCUCAAUCAGACCCGACCAUUCCCAGACUUGAACUGUGUGCAGCAGUCUUAGCAGUGGAAAUAGCUGAGCUGAUUCAGGAUGAACUGGAUCUAAAGCUGGAUGCCACAAAGUUCUACACUGAUAGCAAAGUUGUCCUUGGAUACAUUUACAACCAGUCCAGACGGUUCUAUGUGUACGUCCAUAAUCGGGUCCAGCGUAUACGCCAGUCUACCAUCCCUGAACAAUGGCACUACGUGAACACCGAAGACAAUCCGGCUGACCUGGCGUCGCGGUCGGUCCCAGCAGCACACCUCACAAAGACAAUGUGGUUCAACGGACCAACCUUCCUGCGCAAGCCCUCUGUUCAGCCAGACCCUGCCUCAGUCAUACCUCAGUCAUUCAGCAUAGUCUCACCAGAGUCAGAUGCAGAGGUCCGUCCAGCGGUGAAGAGCUACAUUACUGAUCUACAAGGGAAAGUUCUCAGCACAGAGCGCUUUGAAAGGUUCUCCACAUUCGACACUCUCCAACGAGCCAUCGCACUCCUUAUUCAUAUAGGGAGAUCCUUCAGCACUCCGACAGGCAAGUGCAAGGGAUGGCAUCACUGUGACUUACCUCGUUCAGUGGAUGAGCUUUCCCAAGCAAGAGAAGUCAUCAUCAGAGCUGUUCAGAGGAAUACCUUUGUGAAGGAAUUUGAAGCUCUGGAGAGAGGAAAGCAAGUUCCGUUAAGCAGCUGCCUACGCUCUCUCAACCCAGUCUUACAGGAUGACCUCCUCUGCCUUGGAGGCAGACUGAAGAAUGCAGAUGUGUCCAUUGAACAAAAGAACCCUGUCAUUCUCCCAAAAGAACACCAUGUGUCCUUGCUUCUCACCAGAUACCACCAUGCCCAAGUAAAGCAUCAGGGUCGCCAGUUAACAGAAGGUGCUGUACGAGCUGCUGGGCUCUGGAUCCUGGGAGGCAAGCGGCUCGUUAACUCAACUAUUCACAAGUGCAUCACCUGUCGCAGACUUAGAGGACGGAUGCAGGAACAAAAAAUGGCAGAUUUGCCCACAGAACGCCUUACAACCUGCCCUCCCUUCACGUAUGUGGGACUGGAUGUCUUCGGACCCUGGCACGUCUCCACCAGACGCACCAGAGGGACACAACCUCAGAGCAAGUGCUGGGCCAUACUAUUCUGCUGCAUGAGCUCCAGGGCAGUUCACAUCGAGGUGAUUACCUCAAUGGACACCUCAAGCUGCAUAAACGCAUUGAGGCGUUUCUUUGCCAUAAGAGGACCAGCCAAACAACUGAGGUCAGACUGCGGCACAAAUUUCAUUGGGGCUUGCAAAGAACUUGGGCUGAGUGCAGAUCAACCAGACAGCACAGUGCAGAGGUAUCUGCAACAUCAAGGAUGCUCCUGGGUGUUUAACCCGCCUCAUGCCUCACACAUGGGGGGUUCAUGGGAGCGCCUCAUUGGGUUAGCCCGAAGAAUCCUGGAUUCGACGCUCCGCGAACACAGCACUCGCCUAACUCAUGAUGUUCUGUGCACACUAAUGGCAGAAGUGACAGCAAUUCUGAACGCAAGACCACUAGUUCCAGUAUCGAAUGAUCCCGAGAAUCCAUUCAUCCUCACACCAUCGAUGCUGUUAACGCAGAAAGUGGGCGUCCCACCACCUCCAGGUGACUUCACAGGCAGAGACCUCCUCACGAAGCAGUGGAGACAAGUACAAGCAUUAUCCAACUUGUUCUGGAACCGUUGGAGACAAGUGUACCUGUCAACCUUACAAAGCCGCAAGAAAUGGACAAGGUCCCACCAGAACCUGCAAGACGGUGACAUCGUCCUCCUCAAAGACAACCAAGCUGCCCGCAACAACUGGCCUUUGGCAGUGGUCACAAAGGCUAUUCCAGGAACAGAUGGAAGAGUCCGUAAGGUGGAACUAAAGACAGCAAACCAAGGCCAACCAAAGACUUACCUUAGACCAGUGACGGAAACGGUUUUGCUUCUUCAUAAGAACUGAUGUUUCAGUUGUAGAUCUUAGUUGAAUGUAAUGUUCAUGCUAGUAUAGUGACCUCACAGUGGUCACAGCGGGGAGUGUGUCGCCAUUAGGGCGAUAUAUUUUGACUUUUAUUUUGACACAUUGAGAAAGAAUACAAACUUUUACUUUGAUACAAUUUCCUGUAACUUCCGUACCACUUCCUGCCUUGUCAUCAGUUACUUCUCACUCAGUUCCUAUCUGUUGAAAACAGUUAAUACUUAAGAAUUCCUGACCGUGAAAGAUGCUAGAAGCAAAGUCUUUUCACUCUGCCAUGUAAUGCUGGAAUCUUCAGUAAACAACAGUGAAAUGUUAA